AUGACUAUUCUUAUUCACGAGGAAUAUUUCCUUAAUGAAUUGGACUGCACUGCCCUCCCAGAGUUGGGUCUCCUCCCUGACAUCUCUUGUGUCCACUACCGACACUCCACUCAGACCAAACAGAGCGCGGACAUUGCCUAUGCUAUCACCACAUCAGGCUCCACAGCACAGCCCAAGAUAAUAAGGGUGCCCUUCGACUGCAUUAUGCCCAAUAUUCUUGAUUUUCGAAAUAUAUUAAAUAUUGAACAUGGAGAUGUGGUGCUUCUAUCAGCCCCACUCACAUUCGAUCCGAGUAUUGUGGACAUGUUCUGCGCCCUGAGUGGAGGGGGGUCACUCCUGGUGGUAGGAAGAGACCUCCUGAUGAGACCUUCAGCCGCAAUCCCGGUUCUUCUGGAGGCGAAAGUGUCAAUAAUGCAGCCUCCUCCGGGAGUGAGGGAGGUGGUGAGGGAGCCCGGGAAUGUGACUCAGAUAUUCAAUUUGUACGGAAUCACGGAAGUGUCAGCGUGGAGCACAAUAUUCGAAAUCCCGGCCAAUUGGAGUGGGGAUAUUCCAGUGGGGUUGGAGGGACAAGUCUUUUCUACUCCCCUAUGGGCGGGCAAUUCUAUAUAUAUUGGUUGUAGGGAUAACCACAUGUAUAAAAUAAACAUCCAUUUAUAA